AAUGUUAUCUAGCAAACGAGGAACCAGCAAUAAAGCAGGGCAAAGAAGGAACUCAAGACUUGUUUGCCUGUGAAGGGUGUCAGCAAGCAAUUGGUACGGCAAAGCAAGACCCAAACAUAUAUAUCGACCUUCUCAAAACAUCAUACACAAACGAUGUCGGCGCAUGUAUACACCACACCGAGGAUCCUCGAGGGAAGAAGAAAGAGCAACAACAUAACCAAACGCCUCCUUUGCCAACGACAAAGACAAUUUACCUGGGACGUAGGCACCUCGUCCUCUUCAAUCUCCUCCAUCUCAGCUUCCCCCAAGCACCAAGACACCGUGGGUGAUUGCAUUUACAUCCGCCAACCACGACUCCUCAAAAGCACAAUGACUCUCACCCACUACAGCUCCGCAGACGACGAAGACUACACCUCAAGCGACAACGACCACCUCUUCAUGAAAGACUCUCCUCGACGACAGAGCGGCGGAACAGCAAGUCCUCCCCGCAGUGAUGGCCAAUUAAUUCCUUUACGAGGAAGAGCAACAAGUCGCUCAUCUCCAAUCUGCGUAUGUCGUAAUCCUUCCGCCAUUGCAUCUGCUGCAUCCUCCGCUGCUGCGUAUAGUCCUGUGGAGCCAGCCAUCUGGAAUGAGUUGCGACGGUUGUUUCGUGAUGGCGAUCCGAGAAAGCAGUUUGAUAUCCUGCGAAGACGCACGCCGGCGGAUGAUGACCAAGGACAUGGAUUCAUCCUUGUGGAGGCGAGGGUACAAGCACAAGAUGGUACGAUGAUUGCGAAAGGAGAGCCAUGUACAGACGACGUCCUUUCAUUGAGGAGUUUGAGGAACGCGUUGAUGGAGACACAAGGUGUGAAGCACUUGCCAUUCAAGAAUGGAGAUGAGAUCAUCGCAGGCAGGAUUCGGGAAUUUGAGAAGAGUUGUUCGGCUUGCAGCUUACCACGCUAUUGAAGGAUCAGGCUCGUGCUUAUAUUGUGCCAUACAAGAGGGCUACGGGAGAGAGGUUGCUUUGAGCGGAGACCAAAGCGCGAA